AUGUCUUCCAUCAGACUCAACAUCAUGAACUCGACCUCGCGAGCUUUGCUGCGCCCCCGUUUGCGGCCACACUCGAGAACAGCACUCAUCUCCAGGAGGAGAUAUGCGAGCGACAUGCCAGAUCACCCUCCAUCACGCACUGAGGGCACCGGCGGACUGCCGUGGCUCAUAGGAGCCAUCGCAGUCGUUCUUCCAACCACCUUCUGGUUAUUGAGCAGUGGCCAAAAGGCCGACAAGCACAAUGACCACGAGCAACAGCGAGCGUUGCGCUCUUCACACCCUGGGAUCAUAAACACGCCCCAUAAGGACAUAGAAACCAAGGCGGAUGGCUCAGAUUCCGAAUUGCCAGAGGAUGCCCCAAACAGGCCAGAAAAUCGUGAGAAGAUCGAAAAGAAGCUGGCAGAGAAGCCGGCGACUAAGAGGGUAGAUCCCAUGAAAUAA